AUGAUAUCUCUACUUCAAAUAUUUACAGCCAUAGUACAGUCUACCGGACAUGUUGGCUCCUCUUCAGAGUUUGAAUAUGUCUGUGGAUCUGAGCGAGACUCAUUUCAGCUCAUCCUCCAGCCAGACGCAGGCUAUGACCUGAAGUUCCUUGCAAUGCCAAAGGGAGUAGACCCAACAAAUGAAUAUUAUGAAAAUGCAGACUAUGCCUUUCUGAGCGGUGCCGGCUCAAAAGUAACUGUAUAUGUCCACGAUAGCGGCAUCAAUCUCGACCAUUCCGAGUUUACAUCACCACCACCCAAGGGUGUGAAGAAAGGUACUAUUGAAUGGCUAUACCCCGAGUUUGACACUCAGUCUGUUCCUGAGGGAAACUGGGACCCAAGGCCAGUAUUCGAUCCUAUCGGACAUGGCACUUGUGUUGCGGAUAAAGUCGUGGGUCACAAAUGGGGCGUUGCAAAGGGUGCAAGCCUCAAAAUGGUUCCUACCAUCGAUAUAGAUUCUGAUUUUUGGAUGAAAGCUGGACUGAGAACUAUCAUCAAGGAUAUCGAAAAGGAGAGAGAGAAAGACCCUAACUUCAUAGCAAUUGUGAAUUUCAGUUAUGUACUUAGGGAUACCAUUUCUGCACAGCUGAAGCAGGACUUCUACCGGCUCUAUAGAGAGAUAUAUGAGAUUGCUAUCGUGGUAGCAACCGCCGGAAAUUGGAAAGUGGGAUCUGGAAGUUCAGAAGUGACACAGUAUCCGGCUGUUUUGGUGAAAUAUUUCCCCAAUAUGAUUGUCGUUGGAUCAAUUGAUGUCUACGGUUUCGUAUCAUCUUUUUCUAGGUCUGGGGAUCUUAUAUCGGUUUAUGCACCUGGGGAACUCUCAAUAGAUGAAGGUCUCGACUGUGCCCAGGGCAGUACCAGAUCAUCAACCGACGAAGAAAAGAAGUAUGGAAUGACUCAAAGAGAAGGAACCUCUUUUUCUACACCCAUUGUUUCUGGAGUUGUGGCAUACUUGAUAUCGGUGAAUCCAAGUUGGCGGAGAGUCAACACAGUUGCAGAGGUGGUGAAAGCCAAGAUUAUGAAAAUGGCUUGGAGUCGUGACGAUGUUGUCUCUAUAGAGAGCCCUGGUGUUUGGAAUGGUCAGGAUGGGCUGAGAUGUUAUUGA